CUUAUCCACAAGGAAUUGACACUGACAGCCGAUGUUUUGUUUUACGUCUACUGCCACCUUUCAAGAGUUAGCUGACGAGGAUUCACAGUCAAAUUGCAAUUAUUUAACUCCAUUUCUUCUUCACUUUGAGCAUCGCUUACAAUCUGGGUUCGAUUUUUGUUUCUCUUACUAGUUUGUCUUUAAAUAUGUUUUGAUCGUGACCUCUUCUGGGGUUGGUCCGUUUACAUUCAUUCUUGUUGGGGGUGAGCGCAUUCCCAAGCUGCCAUGGCGGGGUUCAAGGUUUUCUCAGUGACUUUGACUGUGUGCGUUUUGUGUGUUUUGGUGGAGUGUAAGUAUAUGGUGUACAACACUUCUCAAGGCAUUGUUCCUGGAAAAAUCAAUGUCCAUUUGGUUCCACACACUCACGAUGAUGUUGGGUGGUUGAAGACUGUCGAUCAGUACUACGUUGGAUCCAACAAUUCAAUUCAGAUAGCAUGCGUGCAAAAUGUGCUGGAUUCACUGAUUCCUGCUUUGCUGGCCGACAAAAACCGGAAAUUUAUUUAUGUUGAGCAGGCAUUUUUCCAGCGGUGGUGGAGGAACCAGAAUGAUGAUAUGAAGAAAACAGUUCGAAAUCUAGUUAACUCUGGUCAACUCGAGCUAAUAAAUGGUGGUAUGUGCAUGCAUGAUGAGGCGACAACACAUUACAUUGACAUGAUAGAUCAAACAACACUCGGCCACCGAUUUAUCAAAGACGAGUUUAAUGUCCUACCAAGAAUCGGGUGGCAAAUUGACCCCUUUGGACAUUCUGCUGUUCAGGCAUACCUUUUGGGGGCAGAGGUUGGAUUUGAUGCUCUUUACUUUGCUCGUAUUGACUACCAAGAUAGAGCUAAAAGAAGAGAUGAGAAGAAGCUCGAGGUCGUAUGGCAGGGUUCUAAAAGUCGUGGUUCGUCCUCUCAGAUAUUUACUGGUGCUUUCUAUGCUGGGAAUUAUGAACCUCCUACUGGUUUCUAUUAUGAAAUCAAUGAUGAUUCCCCCAUAGUACAGGAUGACAUUAAUUUAUUUGAUUAUAAUGUUGAAGAGCGUGUGAAUGCUUUUGUAGCUGCUGCCUUAGCACAGGCUAACGUUACUCGUUCAAACCAUGUGAUGUGGACUAUGGGAACAGAUUUCAAGUAUCAGUAUGCAGAGACAUGGUUUCGGAAUAUGGACAAGCUUAUACAUUAUGUGAACCAAGAUGGUCGUGUCAAUGCCUUGUAUUCAAGUCCAUCAAUAUACACCGACACUAAAUAUGCUUUAAAUGAAUCGUGGCCUCUUAAGACUGAUGACUACUUCCCAUAUGCAGACCGUAUAAAUGCUUAUUGGACCGGCUAUUUUACAAGUAGGCCGGCCAUCAAAGGCUAUGUCAGAGCCAUGAGUGGCUACUAUUUGGCGGCAAGGCAGUUGGAACUUUUUAGAGGUCGAAACAAAUUAGGGGGGCCAACGACUGACUCCUUGGCUGAUGCUUUGGCGAUUGCACAACAUCAUGAUGCGGUUACUGGUACAGAGAAGCAACAUGUUGCUAAUGACUAUGCAAAACGGCUCUCCAUAGGUUAUAAAGAGUCUGAGGACAUUGUAGCAGCUUCUCUUGAUUGUCUGACACAAUCAGACUGCAAGAGUCCCUGCCCCCUUCUGAAUAUAAGUUAUUGUCCUGCAACAGAAGUUGAUCUUUCUCGUGGGAAAAAAAUUGCAGUAGUUGUCUACAACUCUCUGGGGUGGAAAAGAUCGGAUAUCGUGAAAAUUCCUGUAAUCAGUGAGAAUGUCACGGUUAGAGAUUCUACCGGAAAGUUGGUCUCAUCACAGCUUAUUCCUAUUGUGGAUGUCUCAGCAGCCAAUAGAAAAUUCUAUACUACUGCAUAUACAGACAAAUCCCCUUCGACCGACCCAAAGUAUUGGCUUUCGUUCACGGCUGUAGUCCCACCUUUGGGUUUUAGCACUUAUGUGAUCUCAAGCAGCAAAUCUUCUGGUUUGAUAGAGCCGGUUUCAUACAUGUUUGAUGGGAGUUCAAAUGGGCCCAUACAAAUAGGGCCCAGCAACUUGAAGCUUAUAUACUCUGCAAAUGAUGGAAAGCUUAUACGAUAUGUUAAUAGUAGAAACAUGGUACACUAUUUCGAAACUGCUUUGUGGAGGAUAGUUACAAUUGCUAACCUUGCGGUGAAUGCUUCUGUCGAGCAAUCAUAUAGUUAUUAUGCUGGUGAUGAUGGGAGUACAGAUUUAGUUCAUUUUCAGGCUUCGGGAGCAUAUGUUUUUCGGCCAAAUGGCACUUAUGCAAUACAACCUGACAGAAAAGUUCCUUUAACAGUUUUCAGAGGACCACUUUUUGAUGAAGUUCAUCAGGCCAUUAGUCCAUGGAUAUACCAGGUUACGAGGGUGUACAAAGAGAAGGAACACGUGGAGGUUGAAUUUACUGUUGGUCCCAUACCCGUUGAUGAUCGAGUUGGGAAAGAGAUUGUAACUCAGAUAAAAACGGAUAUAAGAAGCAAUAGAACAUUUUAUACAGACUCCAAUGGACGUGAUUUUCUGCAGCGGGUUCGAGACUACAGAACUGAUUGGGAUCUUCAAGUGAACCAACCAAUAGCAGGAAAUUACUACCCUAUAAAUCUUGGAAUAUACAUCAAAGACGAAAACACAGAGUUCUCGAUCUUGGUGGAUAGAUCGGUUGGAGGAUCGAGUAUUACUGAUGGUGAAAUAGAGAUCAUGCUUCACAGGAGACUGCUCCAUGACGAUGGUAGAGGUGUGGCCGAGGCACUUAAUGAAACAGUCUGUGUUCUUGAUAAGUGCACUGGUUUAACUGUCAAAGGUAAGUACUAUGUGAAGAUUGAUCCACUUGGAGAGGGUUCCAAGUGGCGUCGCUCUUUUGGACAGCAGAUAUACUCUCCAUUUUUGUUGGCCUCUGGCGAGAAGGACGCUAAGUGGACAAAUUUCCCAAUAUCAACUUUUUCAGCCAUGGAUCCUUCUUAUAGUCUACCUGAUAAUGUCGCAAUAAUAACCCUUCAGGAGCUCGAAGAUGGAGCUGUUCUGCUUCGGUUGGCACAUCUAUACGAGAUCAACAGCAUAAAGGAAAUGAGUCUAUCUGCUAACCAAGAAAGACAAGAAAUGGAAAGCAAAAGAUUGUCUUGGAAAGUCGAAGGCUCCAAAGCAGAACGAGAAAAUGGUCCGAGGGGAAGACCUGUGGACCCUGUAAAGUUGGUGGUCGAAAUUGCCCCUAUGGAAAUCCGAACCUUCACCAUCAACUUCAGUUCAGGUCUUGUCAAAUUCAGAUAGACAGAGGCCAUUGCAGCAAUUUUUUCAGAUGAUUUCAGGUUGCGUUUUGCCAACAUACUCAAUAAAGAGCUUGAAUGCGAGGCCGGCUGUGUGUUUUGUAGCGUUUAAUAAAUCGAGGGCUCGUCUGAUGUCCGAUCUCAAAAAUGCCAUGUUGAUGACGCUUUGUUGUCUUGUUAUUUUCUUCUUCUUUUUUCCGUUCUUUGUUUUGUAAGCUUUUGGUGAUAGGAAGAAAUGUAGUGUUACGAAACCUUUUGAACUUCAAUAAAUCAGUGAUGAUUUCAGUUACCUGUUAAAUUACUGUGCAGAAAGUAUAAAUUUUAAUACAUAUAAGGUCUUUUCCCA